AUGGGUGACCUCCACCCGCUAGAACCGCCGGAAAAUGGUGGCCCACCGACCCCUUUACAUCCGGCUCAAGAAACCCUCAUCCCUUCCUCAACCUCCAAACGGCAGCGCCGACCCAGCGUCCGCCUCGGUGAAAUUGGAGACCAGCCCACGGCCUCAGCCUCAUACGAUCCUUCCUCUCGCCGCCCUAAGCUCUCCAAACCCCUCUCUACCUCCUCGACCCUUGUCGGGUCUAAACCCUCCACCAAACCUCGAGCCACCGCCCCGGCGUCCACGAGGCGGGCUCGGACGAACUGGAACUCUCGAAUCGACAACGGAUUCGAUCCCGCAGUUGCUGAUUUGAAGUCAAGCGGCGGGGAGGACGCUAGACAUGAUGAGUACGUGGAGGAUUCCGAAAGUCCUUCGGACAGGAACGAACAUCGGGCUUCUUUCAGGGUUAGGGUUUCCAACGGAGGGGACGAGCCCUCGGAGGGAUGCAAAGGGUGGGCGGGAGGGGUACGGUCGUUUCUCGAGGGGUUAGGGCUUGGACAAUACACGCCUGUUUUUGAGAUACACGAGGUAAAUGAUGAGGUACUGCCGAUGCUGACGCUGGAGGAUCUUAGGGAUAUGGGGAUCAAUGCGGUCGGGUCGAGAAGGAAGAUGUACUGCGCGAUCCAGAAGCUCAACAGGAGCAGGGACUCAUGA